AUGAGGGAUAGCGUUGAAAAAAUCACAUUUGUUGAGGCAGAGCAAGUUGUUGGCAACGAGGAUGGCCGUAUCAUGUACUACCAGAUGGAUGAGUUCAGGCGAAUUCUGGACAGCGCAAAGGCCGGCAUGUUGAGCCAGCAGGCCGAGCACAAAAAGCAGAUGGCGGAAAUGCGAGAGCAAAAUGACCUCCUAGCUGUCAAGGACAGCUUCUUCGCUGUCGGACAGCGGACUAUUUCUUCUUGGGUACGCCAUGUAUUUAAAAAAGACAGCGUUGCACAGAUUGAAAUGAUCCGUCUCACCAACAAAUCUAUACAUGGAGGUGACAUUGGGGUCGACUCCCGUGUAGUGUUGCAACGCUUCGCUCCAAAAAGCUCCAACACUGUUCUUUACCAGACAGCAGAGUAG